AUGGUUAGGAAAAUCCUCCGAGCUCUUACUUCAUAUUGGGAGAAGAAGACUACCGCGAUAGAGGAAGCCAACGACCUCUCCACAUUGACAGUAGAAAAUUUGAUAGGGAAUUUGAUGGCAUACGAGGUGCAACUUGAAGAUCGGAAAAAGGAUAAUGAAGAUAAGAACAAGAAGGUUCUUGCUUUCCAAGCAUCUACCGAUGAUGAGGAUUCUGAUGACGAAGAAAAGUUUGAAAUAAUCACACGCAAAUUCAGAAAAUUCUUGAAGAAAGAUUCAGAUUCAAGUGUUUCUGAGAUGGAAGGAUCCAUUAGCAGUGGGGAGGUGUGGUCAACACUUUCAGAGGAUUGGGAGAUCAGCUCUGAGGAGGCUGACCCAGAGGAGAUGUUUGGGGAGAGAGUGGAUUACUCCCCGAUUGGCCAUCACACCCGUGGGCGAUUGGCAAAGAGGGACGAGGAGGACGACCCGAUAGAGGAAGAUUCCGAGGAGGAGGACCCGAUAGAGGAGGAUCCCGAGGAGGAGGACCCGAUAGAGGAGGAUUCCGAGGAGAAGGACCCGAUAGAGGAGGACGCUAAGGAGGAGGACCCGAUAGAGGAGGAUCCCGAGGAGGAUGACCCAGAGGAGGACCCGGAGGACCCUAUGGGCGAUGAGGAGUCCAUGGAGUAG